GUGCACACACACCUGUGAAAGACUCACUGCUGCGCUCACUUCACCUGUCUGGUGCUGUGACACAAUUGCUCACCUUUGGACUGUAAAUAAAAUCCCCUUCCUUCCAGGAAGCUUGGACUUCAACCUCAACGUUGCUGCUUAAGUUUCUCAUUUACGGACUACUGUGUCUUUUUUAGCCUCUUUAUUAAGAUCAGGUGACAUUUCUUUGACUUUUUCUGGUUGGAAUCAGAGGCUUUACGCGGAGGUACUCUGACUGGUGGGGAGCAGCUCUAGUGUCCGAAAAUCUGGGCAAGAUGAUGCAGGAGGUGUCCAUGGUGACGGCCUGUAAUGACCAUGCUAUUGAGGAGAUGAGUGAGGAGGAGAUCCUCGCCUGUCUGGUUGCUGAAACGGAACCGACAUUCAAUGUCCCCACAAAGAAAGUGAAACUUGGGCAAAGUCGACUUCAAAUCAUGGACGAUGACCCUGUGGACAGAUGCUUGAAAGAAAACCGUCGUCUUCAACAGGCCAGCCUUCGCCUGGAGCAGGAAAAUGAUAGUUUGGCCCACAGACUAAUUACCAGCAAGGUUGCUUUGAGGUGUGCUCUAGACAAGGCGGAGGACAGAGUGGAUGAGCUAACGAAAGACCUUCUGCAGACUCAACAUCGACUGCAGGCCACAGAGGACGAGAUAAGAGGAAAAGAGGAAGAAGCUGCCAUGCUGAAGGAAGUAUUUCGGAGAGAGCUGGAGAGGGCUGAGCUGGAGAUUAAAAAGUCUUCUGGUAUCAUUUUAGACUACAAACAGAUUUGCUCUCAGCUAACGCUACGUCUGGAGAGACAGGAGGCCGCCCACAGAGAGGAGCUGGGUGCACUCAAGAGCAAAAUAGAGGCUUGCUCCCAGUGUCGACCUGUUGCAGAAUCAAUCAUGACAGGCCACAGGUCUGAAACAGCGCCAUCUACAGAGGGCCAAGAGGUGACUGAUCAAGGCAGGGAGGAGUCCAACCAACCCUCCCAACGAGAUGGUUGGAUUAGGGAGGACCAGGAGAAGGAGUCCCUAAAGGUCCAGAUCAGGGAGCUGGAAAAGGAGCUGGCCCAGACUAAACUGCAAGUAGUGGAGGCCAACUGUAAGAUUCAGGAGCUGGAACAUCAAAAGGGAGUACUGGCCAACGAUCUCCAGGAAGCAAAAAAUAAUUGGAUCAGUAAGGCUUUAACAUCCCUGCGGACUUCGACAGGCGGACACCACGGCAUUGGAAUACACAGAGAAGGUCCUCCCAGCCUGAACUGGACCCUGCACAGUUCCUCACUCUCAGGAUGGACUCCUAAGAAGCUCUCAUGGCCUCAUAAAGACAGUGCAAAACAUGUCUAAGCAGCUCGACUUUGUGUGUGUUUUUUUGCUGGUGUCAUUCACCUGGAUGAACUUCAAUGCUCUGCUAUAACAUGUUGCACUCUAGAGGAGAGUACCUAAAAUCCCAGGUGGUUCCUGAGGGACUUUUCCUUCCUUUUUCCCUUAAAAGAAACCAUAGUUUAUUACUAUAUAUUCAUAUAUAUCAUUGUCUACCAUACACAGCUUGCAAAAAACACAGCUGUAACUUUCAUUACGCAGCGUUCAUGUGACGGGUACUUACUGGCAGUGACGUAAGGAAACAUCUGAUCUUAGAGGAUUUCCUGUGAGUUGUAGAAUGUGUUUAAAGGACCGAAAAGCCUCACCUCAGACAAUAGAGCUGCCAAAGACGUAGCAUUAUCUUUGGGCAUUUAAAAGAAAAUAACGUACUGGGCUGAGGAGUAUAGCAGAACAUAUAGGUAGCAGCAGAUAUUUGGACAAACGAAAGUAAUAAAUAAUUUUUUGAUUGAUUAGGUAAAAACUACUGCUAUGCUAAUGGUUGGCAUUGUGUUUAUCACAAAUAUGGUGCUUUUUCUUGGUCCUGGAAGUCAAGCUUUGGAUGUUCUAAAUGCAAUUUCAACUACAGGCGGUGAGUGCAUACAUGGUACUUGAAUGUUAUGUGUGAUGAUAUUGUAGAAAUUGUAGUAGAAAGGACUAAAACAGAAACUAAAGUUAAUGGGUUUUUAGACAUAAGGGAGCAUGAGGUGAAGAAAUGUAUAUAUUGGAAUAUUUGCACAGUUUUUGGAGUUGACCAAGAAAUUAUGUGGGCUAGUAUGUCUUAUCUGUGUGUCAAACCUUUGAUGUAUUUAACCCUCUAUGUUUUUUUUACAUUUGUAAACCGC